UAAAACUAUCUUUGUACCUACUACAGUGUUCAUCCAAACAAAGAUGGUGUUUAUAACAAUCCUUUCUGUGUGUGUGUUUCUCGUGGCUACUAGAAUACAGUUAUCUUCUUCGACUAAAGCUGACGCUGACAUAAACCAAGUUUUAAUGGAAAAGUUGAGAGUUUUAGAAGAAAAAUUCGCAAAGCUUGAGAAUGUGUGCAAACAAAGUACGAUGAUAACAGAAGAAAUGAGAAAAAGCGGCAACCCAAAGAGAAUGCUUUUGCCAAAUAGCGACACCACUAAAACAGUAGCAUUUUCUGCUUAUUUGUCAAAACCUUUUGACGGGUCUACGUUUGGGACAUUACGUGAAAUUGUUUAUGAUAAGCUAGAGUCUAAUAUUGGACAUGCAUACAACAACUACACCGGUACAUUUGUGGCACCAGUUUCCGGUGUGUAUGCAUUCACAUGGUCAAUAUAUGUAGCAGGUAAACCAGAUAGCAAUGGGAACCAAGGUGAAUUAGUCGUCGAACUUGUAGUUAACGCAAAAAUUGUAGGAAUAACCCAUGCUGACACUGAAUCAUUUAAUGACGAUGACUCUGCAACAGGGUUUGUUAUCAAGAGUUUGAGCGCUGGAGAUAGUGUUUUAACGCGAUCCUCGAAUGUUUUUAGACCAGAGGGACAUAUAAUGAGUGGUAAUGGUCGUGCAAGAUGGACAUUUUCCGGGUGGCUAAUCGCAUAA